CCGUGUAUUACCCCGCCUCGCUCCUGUUUCAGUCCUUCCGGCCUGACCGCCAUCACAGACAGCAGACAUGGCUAUUCGCUACCCUAUGGCCGUUGGCCUGAACAAAGGCCACCCAGUUACCAAGAAUGUAACUGCUCCCAAGCACAGCCGCCGGCGUGGGCGUCUGACCAAACACAGCAAGUUUGUUCGGGAUAUGAUCCGCGAGGUGUGUGGUUUUGCUCCCUACGAGAGGAGAGCCAUGGAGCUGCUGAAGGUGUCCAAGGACAAGAGAGCUCUCAAGUUUAUCAAGAAGAGGAUUGGAACUCACAUUCGCGCCAAGAGAAAGAGAGAGGAGCUGAGCAACGUGCUGGCUGCCAUGAGAAAGGCUGCUGCCAAGAAGGACUAAUCUGUCUCUCUAAUAAAUGUUUGAUAAACUAUAAA